AUUUGUACAUACAGUAGUUCUUGUCGUAUACGUCUACUUGUGUUGACACUCACUGCUCAUACAACACGAAAGGAAGGUCAUGCGUCUGUCGUGUCUAACGGAAUGCGUGUAUGGAAUGUAAAGAUAACAAAUGGUUCCCCUUACGUUCCUAGCCGUUGCUUGGAUGUUUACCGGAACACGAGCUAUCGCCUGCUCUGACAAUCAGCACUGUUUAGACUGUGACGAGAAGACUGGAGAAUGUAUAAAGUGUUAUGAUGGCUACUGGGACAAACGGUGCAGUUUGAAGUGCAGCACUGGUUGUCGAAACAAUACAUGUGAGAUGACAACAGACGGGAUCGAGGGGUGUACUGCUGGCUGUGUGGCAGGCUUCCAAGGCACAAGCUGCAGCGUACGGUGUGAUCCUCCUGCUGGUAAUUGUACACAAUGUCCUGGUGGAUGUAAAGAAGGAUUCUGCCAGAUGGACUCCUCCUGUAUGUCAGGAUGUGUGGACUCCUACUACGGUUCUGACUGUCGACCGUGCUCCAGCAGGUGUCGGUCCUGCAACAGGAUUACAGGAGCAUGUGAGGAGUGUCACCAUCCCUACGUUGGUGGAGGCUGUCAGUAUUCCUGUACAAACUGUUCAGGUAGCUGUGCGAGUGAAUGUGUCAAGGAGUGUUCGUCUCGAUAUCCCCAAAUGUUCUGUAUUGAGCCAUGCAGUGAACACUGUGUGUCAGUUGUCAACACAUGUCCUCUGAAUUGCACGGAUGAAGAGAUGGUCAGCUAUUGUACACCACCUUUGCGUAACCAUAGCAACGGAUGUACACGUGGCUGUGUGGAUGGAUGGUACGGAUCCUGGUGUUCAUCUCGAUGUGAGGCUGGCUGUAUCAACCAAAGGUGCGGCCUGACAGGUGCCUGCGUGGACGGAUGUCAGGAUGGAUAUUUCGGGACAACCUGUAAAGCAUGUUCUGAGACGUGCUUCAAUCACACCUGUGACUCAAACACCGGAUCCUGUACACAUGGAUGUAGCCCUGGCUGGUAUGGGGGAGUGUGUGAUCAGACUUGUGAUGUGUGUCGGGACGGGUUGUGUGACCAGAAGACUGGCAUGUGUAUCGAAGGAUGCACCAUCAGAGGGUGUGAAUCUUCCUGCACCAGCAACUGCACCAUCGAGGAAUGCCGUGCAGCUGAAUCCUGUAAAUCAGUUCCGAAGACAAACAUCAUCAUCAUCGGAAUCCUUGGAGUCAUCAUCGGCAUCCUUGCAGCAGCCAUGUUCUGUACAGCACUGACACGGUGUGUGAGACAUCGUAGACACAUUGCCGGACAGAGGCGAGGCCAGCUGGCGGCUGGGAUGUCCAGUGAUCUUGGUCAAGUGUCACAGGCCACACUGGGGUACCGGGAUGUACACAGAUAUUAUGAACUUCACGACAUGAACCCUGGGCUUCCCGUGUCCCGGGCUACACACGAGUACCAGGUAGUACACAGAUAUUAUGAAAUACACGAUGAAGACAUAGACCCGGAGCUACCCACCAGCAGCACAAACAACAUGGUGGACAUGGAGAAUGGGGAGACAAUGGGGGAAGGGAGAAAGAAGGAGGAAGAAGAGGAAGUGUCAGAGGUGGGGGAGGUGGGGGAGGAAGAGAGUGAACCAGCAGCAACUGUGACUGCCGAGUACUUCCUGGUGUCCAGUGAUGUGGAGGGAGAGAAAGGAGAGAGUAGUGGGGAGAGGAAAGGGAAGAGGAUCAGGGAAAGGGAGAGGAAGAGGAUGGGGAAGGGGAUGGGGAGAGAGAUGGAACCUGCCAUACCUGCUCUGGCCGAGUGCUUCCCGGUGUCCAGUGAUGUGGAAGAAGAGGAUGCUACAUCCGGGUCUUCUGCUGAAGACGACACAUCCUACACUCGAAUGCUGAGGGAUGUGUUUGCUAUUGACCCGACGACAGUUGUGACAUAUCUGACACCAAGAGAGAGGAUGGGGAAAGGGGAAAGUAAGGGGAUGGGGAAAGAGGAUGAAGAGGGAGUGUCAGAGGUGGAGGAGGAAGAGAGUGAACCAGCAGCAAUUGCGACUGCCGAGUAUUUCCUGAUGUCCAGUAAUAUGGAGGAAGAGAAAUGAGAGAGUCGGGAGGAGGGGAAAGGGGAGAGGCAGAGGGUGGGGAAAGAGAUGGAGUCAUACCUACUCUGUCCGAGUGCUUCCCGGUGUCCAGUGAUGUAAAGCAGGAUUCUAUGUCCAGGUCUUCUGCUGAAGACGACACAUCCUACACUCGAAUCCUGAGGGAUGUGUUUGUUGACGACCCGACGACAGUUGUGACAUAUCUGACACCUAGAGAGGACUCACAAUAAUAACUCGUGAUUUUAUACUAUUCAAAGCCAGUUUAGUGUUCUGCAGAUACGCACGCACGCACAUGUGUGAUUAGACUUAAGCUUUAGGAGCAGUUGUUUAAAAUACGUUUUAGUUGGUGGUCGUAUACGUGUGGCAGACUGAAAUAGGUGUAUAUAUGAGUACGAGCGUGGCGUCGGAGCGGUAAACAUCACGUCCAGUGCUGGAAGAGUGCGAGCGUGGAGUCACGCCCCGUGCUGGAAGAGUGCGAGCGUGGAGUCACGCCCUGUGCUGCGUACAAGAAGUUGAUCGAUUUCGUUGGGCUAGUGUAGUGGUUUGGAGAGCUUCCUGUGGGAACACACGCUCACGUCGUCUCGUAACUCGUGGGAACCUCAAUGCAGCGGGCGGUCCUUCUUUCAGAGCUGGUGCCGUUCAACCUGCCCAUGGUCUAUGCCUCCUUCUCCAACAUGACAAUGACACCACACACGACGUUGCCUGCAAAAUGCGGGUAUUGACGUCAUUGAGUGGCCAUCAAGAUGACCUGACCUCAAUCCCAUCUAACACGAAUGAGAUGCUCUUGGAAGAAGUCUUCGCGCCUUGAGACCCCAACCCCAAAAUGUUCCACAGCUGGACGCCAUAUUGGUACAGUAAUGGCGCAGACUGCCUAAUGCUGCGUUCACGGGUUUCAAUGAGACAGUGCUGCAUUGCUGUUGUCAAUGCCUGACGGGGACAUACGCGUACUGAACUAUCUCCAAUACAGAUGGCUAGUUGUCCCCGUGAAAUAUCAAACUGACCCUCUCGUGCUACUGUUGACUUUUCUUUUGUUUUCAUGCUUUUAUUCCCAGAUUUAUGUUUACAGACUGCACCUCAGUAGUACAGUUUAGGUAACUUCAUAGUACAUAAUUGCAGUGUUUGUUGAUCACAUUGUCAAAUACCAUGCUGUUCACAGAUAUGUAAAUUGGUCAAACUAAGCAUGUAUAUAAAGUGUUACAUGAUGUA